AUGGUGCCCCCUUCGCCGUCGCUGUCUCCUCUGUGCCUGCUGCCGGCCGGCCCCGGUCCGCCCCGCUACGUGUGCUACUGCGAGGGGGAGGAGACUGGGUCCAGCAGCUUCAGCCUUUAUGUGACAGAUGCCGUGGAGCUCUGGGGCACCUGCUUCCCGCCCGACCAGCUGCCCGCGCUCAGGGCUCGCUUCGGGCUGGGGGAAACGGAGGACAUCAGCGUGCGGUUCAGGGCAGCCUGUGAGCAGCAAAGUGUGACCUUCGCUCUCCAGGAGGAUAUCAUAUCCCUGACAUUUUCUGUGGGCUCCUCUACCCUGACCUUUGACCUCUUAAAGUUGCCAGGCCCAGAUGCCGGGCCCCGUUUGCAGGCACUGAUGCUAGGCCUUGCCAAGCGAGUGUGUUGGUUGGAGGAGCAACUUCCUUCUCCAGCUGCGGGGGAGAUGAGUGCCAGCCCCAGGAAGAAGCCCUGGCAAGUGAGGCCCCAGCUCUUUCUACCAGAUCAAGAUCCUCAGAGGGGCGGCCCUGGGCCUGGGGUCAGAAGACGCUGCCCUGGGGAGUCCCUGGUCAACCCUGGCUUCAAGAGUAAGAAGCCUGCCAGUGGUGUGGACUUUGAGGACACCUGA